CCACACUUCUUACACUACACGUUCUACACCUCACCGGCAUCAUGUCUCAACCAGCCUCCCCAUAUCCCACGCAAUCCUCCUUCUACUCGACCACGACAAUCAUGAACCCAUCCAUUAAUCCCGACACACCUCCCCCCACCACCACCCAAGCCAAGUAGCCAUGAAGCCAGCCGACGAGGCACCCCUCAGAACAUGUCCUCUAUGCCGACGCCGCAACAACCACAGCCUGGCUACCGACCCGAUCCUCAUUCAGCAAACAGUCAACAAGCGCAGUAUCAAGUCAACGCUCAACUAUCCCUCCCCGCACCGCCUACAAUCGAAGAGGGCUGGCUACCAGACAUCGUAAAGGACAAAUCAACAACCGACCUCCAAUCAAUCCUCCAAAACCCAACCCUCAUCUCCGCCCUCUCAGCCCAACACCCCUCCCACACAACCCGCCAACAAAACCUCGAAUCCCUGCUCCAGGUAAACAAAGACCUAGCAGCCCGUCUCCUCGAGCUACAAUCCCACGUAUCCGACCUACGCAGCCAAACAGAAACAAUGCUCCUCACGCACCAGUCUCUGGAAGUCUCCUGGCGCAAGAAGCAGACUGAGAUGGACGCUGCGUUGGCGCCGUGGUCGCCCAAGGCGUUGUAUCAACGGCUUAGUGCGGCGAUUACGGAACAGGAGGCGGUUUGUCAGGCUGUGGAGGAGAGUUUCUUGGAUGAGGAUCAUCAUGGACGGGCGACGGAGAAGGAGAUUACGGAUUGGGUGAGACGGAUUAGGGUGGAGGCGUCGAAGUUGGCGGCGAGGAAGGAGGCGAAGGCGCGGUGGGAUGAGGGGAGGGUUGGUGGUUGGCGGUGAUUGAAUAUUUGGACUAGUCAUGUAUAAACUUUGAUAUACCCAUUCAUCAUUCCUCGCUCUCUGGUAACGCCGUGUUGCCUCCGAAUCUAUAUUUACCGUGGAUAUACCAGGACACUACUAUGUCACUGAACAGUAGAGUCCUGAACGGGAUC